AUGAAUCGGAAUCGCGGAAACUUUAGCUUUCAGAUGCGCCGUCCUGGCCACCAGCGUCCCAAUCAGCCGCAGCAGCAGCAGCAGUCGCAAGACCCGAAAGAUCAGAACCGCAGCUAUUCGCUCAAUGCCGUCCCACCACCGAGUUCACUGUGUGGCAGAUCGACGGGCGUGCCACCACCAAAGUCGUACAAUCAGGGCCCGGGCAUAUCGAAGCAUGGUUACCACACAAUCGAAUCCAUGUACCAAUACUCCAACACUCCGUCCCAAUAUACCGUCGGUAAACGGCGCGGCCGGACCGAGGAUGAAUACUUCGACGAGGAGGAUGAACCGGCCGGCCAGCUGGAGUACAUUCCGGCUCCCGGGUCGCCGUCGGCGGGCGAAUCGAGCGACCAAAAGAAGGGAUCUUCGGACGAGGAAGAUGAGGAGGAUCCGCUGGACGCGUUCAUGGCCGGCAUUGAAGAGCAGGUGAAGAUGGAGAAGAAGAAAAUUCCCCAACCGAACGUGGACCCCAAGAAGGGGACCAGGGGCGACAUAGACGAUGAGGACGACGAGGAAAGUUACUAUCGGUACAUGCAAGAAAACCCCAACGCAGGAGUGAUGGAUGAAGGAUCCGACGCGGAACUCGAGUACGACGAGGAUGGCAAUCCCAUACCACCACCAAAGCGACGUGAAAUCGAUCCGCUUCCCGCGAUCGACCAUUCGGACAUUGAGUACGGGAAGUUUGAGAAAAAUUUCUACAUCCCCCACGAGGAUAUCGUGGGUCUGUCGCACACGAAGGUCCAAGAGCUGCGCCACACGCUUGGGGUGAAGGUGAGCGGCCCGUUACCACCGUACCCGGUAACCAGCUUUGCACAUUUCGGCUUCGACGAGUCGCUCAUGAAAGCGAUCCGCAAAUCGGAGUACAGCCAGCCAACACCGAUUCAGGCCCAAGCGAUCCCAGCGGCGCUCGGGGGGCGCGACAUCAUUGGUAUCGCAAAAACUGGAAGCGGUAAAACGGCCGCCUUCCUAUGGCCGAUGCUGGUGCACAUUAUGGAUCAGCGUGAGCUCGGUCCGGGCGACGGUCCGAUCGGGCUGAUACUGGCCCCGACCCGCGAACUGUCGCUGCAAAUCUACGGGGAGGCGAAAAAGUUCGGCAAAGUGUACAACAUCAGUGUGUGCUGCUGCUACGGUGGCGGCUCCAAAUGGGAACAGAGCAAAGCGCUCGAGCAGGGCGCGGAAAUCGUGGUCGCGACCCCGGGGCGCAUGAUCGACAUGGUGAAACUGAAAGCCACCAACCUGCGGCGCGUCACCUACCUCGUGUUGGACGAGGCGGACAAGAUGUUCAACAUGGGCUUCGAGCCGCAAGUGCGCUCGAUCUGCAACCACAUCCGCCCCGACCGGCAGACGCUGCUCUUCAGUGCGACGUUCAAGAAGCGCGUGGAGAAGCUGGCCCGCGACGUGCUGACCGAUCCGGUGCGCAUCAUUCACGGCGAUCUGGGCGAAGCGAACGCGGACGUUACGCAACGCAUUUUGCUGCUGCCUAACGUGCAGGCAAAGUGGACCUGGCUGCUGGCGAACCUGGUCCAGAUGCUCUCCGAAGGGAGCGUGUUGGUGUUCGUUACGAAAAAAGCGGACGCGGAACAAGUGGCGAGCAGCUUACGGUUGAAGGAGAACGACGUAGUGCUGUUGCACGGUGACAUGGACCAAUCGGAACGUAACUCCGUGAUUACGCGCUUCAAGCGAAGGGAAGUGGACAUCAUGGUGGCGACAGACGUGGCCGCCCGAGGUCUGGACAUUCCACACAUUCGCACGGUGGUCAACUACGAUAUUGCACGCGACAUCGACACGCACACGCACCGAAUCGGUCGCACGGGCCGAGCGGGCGAAAAAGGCACGGCCUACACGCUGAUCACGGAGAAGGACAAAGAGUUCUCCGGUCAUCUGGUGCGCAACCUGGAGGGUGCCAGUCAGGAGGUGCCCGAAGAACUGCUCAAGCUGGCCAUGCAAAGCUCGUGGUUUCGCAACAGCCGCUUCAAGGAGAACAACAAGGGCAAGAACUUGAACGUGGGGGGAGCAGGAUUAGGUUUCCGGCAGCGGCCAGUACACCGCGGGCCUCUCAGUCGUCCCAAUGGGCAGCCGGGAGUGGGAGUGGCGGGUGGGACGGCAGCCGAUUCGGCGGGACCGGUUCCAGGGUCGUCCAAAGGACCGGCAACGGAUCGGCUGUCGGCGAUGCGGGAAACGUUCCGUGCACACUACAACGCACAGUUCAAGGCUUCCACCGACCGCACCUGGGAAAACACUGUCCCCGAAGGAGGCGUGUUUGUGAAACCUACGCUUCCUGGUUUCGAUGAGCAUGAGGAUGCCAGUGAACCCGCACAACCGUCAUUCGAAGAGGCCAACGAUGACGCGGGUUCGCGUAAAAAACGAAGCCGAUGGAACUAGAGCGGGAAAACGAUAGUUCUUAC